AUGCGACGUGCUCUCUUCAACGAAGACGACGCAAAACAGGCUCGUGAGCGGCGUCUGAAAUACCAGGGGACUGCUAGGGUCAAAAUAUCAGAAAUCGGAUUUGAUUCCGCAAACUACAUAGAUGACAAAAAUGUGGAACGGCUUUGUGGUAUAUUCCGAAAGAGUGGGUGUCGCCGAUUUGAUGUCGAACAUCAUAUACCUGCUACGGUAUCGCGAAAUGCGUUGGCAGAGGCAUUACAAAAGGCCGGGGUGCCUGCGCGAGCGCUUUUACUGAGUUCCGGGGAGGACACUCCAUUUUUGACCUUUUCAAGAGGCCAGCUCGUGGGGCUCCACGGUCGCCAUCGCUUGUCCGCUGGGGCUAGAGUGUUGGCGCCUCUGGAGAGAUGGUGGACUGUAGACCUCUUUCUAGACGAUAUAAGCAAGGAUCUUAGAGUAUCGUUGGUUGAAGAAUAUUCAAACCAAAAGAAACUAACAGAUGGUGAGAUAUACUGGACAAUCCGUCAAUACGAAAGCGAAGGAAGCAGCCUUCUGCGUCAAAAGUGGUUCACACGCUUGUCUGAUUGGAAGCAGAAGCGAAUAAAGCAACUAGAUCGAGAAGAAAAUAGGCAAUUACGCGAAGCUUUCGAUCGGUUGCUUACAAUUCAGGGUCUCUGGUACGAUGGAAUGAGACUUGGAAUGAUCCAUAGACUCAUUGCUCUCGCUGCUACCGAGGAGAUACUCACUUAUUUUGAUCACAUCUAUGAGACAUACCUUUUCUUUGUCAAUGGCGACCGAGGUUCACUUAAUCGUAUUGAUACUGAGACCGUGCUCGGGUUGCAACUGAAAUGCCCUAGAGUUUGCGAAAAGGACAGAAAAGAAGUGAACGGGCUUGUGCUAAGCGGUCAAGUAUUUUCCUCGUUCAGUGAAUCUGAACGCAGAAACAUCUGUAGGCGGCUUCAAAGCUUCGAUGGGAUCAUUCCAUCGUUGUAUACUUUCUGGGAGGAUUUCAAGUAUCUUGAAUGCUGCGCACAAUGCAUAAGGAGGCUUUUUGGUCAGGUGAAUGGAUCGAUAUGGAAUACGAUGAAGCAUAUGUUCGUGGGAACUGCAGACGAAGAUUACGGCAUCGUCCAAACCUCCGAGUUUUCAUUUCGUCGCCAGACCGCAGGCAAUAACGAACGACUUGAUCUAGGCUACAGGCAGCUCUGGCUGUACGCAAUGCGCAACUACCGUCUCCUGCCUCAGCCAGCCAAGGAAGAGGAAGAGCUCUUGGUCAAGCCAAGUCGUCGCGAAGCUGAUGACCGCGUCCUUUACGAAAUGGCUGAACUGGCCCGUCGCCUAGGGUUCUGGUCGGAUGAGAUCCGUGCCUUGCUAGACGGUUCACCAGAUCGCCAGAUCGCGCGUGCUGCGUUGCUACAGGCUCGCAAGCCUGAUCAAUUUCAGUAUGAUCCUGUUCAACUGGAAGGGCUUGUCGACCGUGUUGUUGCGUGUUUUUCAGCAGCCAUUGAAUAUGUUCGCCAACCCCCAGAGCUUCUUGCGGACAGUGAAGUGUCCACAAGAGCACGACGUGGAUUGCCACAGGUGAAAGCCCACGCCCAGGAUGCUCCACACCUGUUCCUUGAUAAAGUCCAUAACGAAGUCACGUCCUCAUCCGCCACGUUGACCACGUUCUUUGUUCGACGUUGUGUAUAUUUCGCUUUCUUCGGGAAAUGUUCGCUCAGUGGAUCUAGGGUUAGAGACUUAGGGCCAGGUGGCCCCCCAGGGGAUACACCAGGUCUCUUUGUCAAUGAGAACAUGCAAACAACAGGAGCUUCCUCCACUGUUCCUGAAAGUACUGUUGCUCAGGGUUCGGGAACCCGGCCGACUCAUGAAGAUAUUCCAACCCGGCAGCGCCUCGAAGGACACUCAGAGCCGAUACUCGAAGACGGUGUCGGCAGAUCCUCUCAGUUAGCGCUUUCGGGUGAAAACACCGGAUAUGAUGAAAUGGCCGAUGAGGGUACAAGAUCACACUCGCCAGCGAAUCAAGUUGCAACUUCUGGAAUUCCCGAAAGCCUUUCGCUCGGUCUCCAGCGGGUAAGCUCUGCAGAUGCUUCUAGCCUUAAUGGCGAGCAAUUGGGACAUCAGAAUGCGGAGCAGACCCCACUUUCUCGUGAUUCAGACUGGCCAUCAACCCCGGCAGAAAGCAAUCUGGACACUUCAUUGGGAGAGCAACCUCAGCCUAUGGAUUAUUCUCCCUCCAUAUAUUCUGUACGGGAGAGUGGAGCCCGGAAUACUGGAACUGGAGCAGAACGACAGUAUUCCCAAGAACUUGAAAGAGCAAUCCAAGAACGAGAGAGACUCGACAAUGACUGGGAACGAGAGAGACUAGAACAAGAGCUGGGUCUCCCGACGUCUAGUAGCGCACAGGGUGAGAUUGCGCCUGUACAAUGCAGUAAGGAGGACGAGGUACCCGAGACGUUACGACAGACAGUCGAACCUCCGGAUGGUUCUGAUCAGGAGCCCUCUUCAUCCAACGUGGGAACAAACGACCAACAAACCAGAGAGCCACUCACCCAAGGAGAUCGGCCGGUGACUCUACUCGAUAUCCACAAUUCUGCCUUAGUACCAUCGGGAAGACAAGGAGGUCAGUCCCCCACAGCGGGCGCCUUCGAGGAUUCCCGCGUGGAAGAUCGGAUGGAACUAGUUGAGUUCACCUUCUGGUCACUUGAGAGAGGACAAUGGCGAAGAGCAGACCAUCUAUGGGUUGAUCCUGCUGACACCUUCCGCGUAGAGCUGAUUGCCAAGAAAUACAUAUGGAAGGACUUUUCAUUGUAUGAUCGCCACUGGAAUAGCCUCAGCCCUGCGCAGUGUUUCCGUGCAGCGACCGUGGAUGGCAGCAAUGCUAUUUUUGUGGUGUCGGAGGAUGAGGAGCGGAGACUCCAAGCCGAGGGAAGAAGAAUGAAAAUGACUCAAAUUCAGGCAAUAUCCCACAGAGCCGGUUCGGACCCCACGGAACCGGAGAGGCAGUUAAAGAGGAACCGUCUCUAA